AUGGGGCGCUUCUGCAGUUUAGGAUUUGGGUUCAGCCCGAUCGUUAAUGACUAUAAAAUAGUGAGAUUUUAUCAUCAAGAGUUGCUUAAAAAGAAGGAAGAUCAAGUCCAUAAUUUCAACAGGCUUGAUCGAGUGCAGGUGUUUUCAUUAAGUACAGCUACAGAAGUGUUUACAUCUAUCCCAUUUCCAAGUGAACGGGGUUAUUGUCCAAUUGGAAUUGGUGUGCACGAGAACAAACUUGAGGGUUACUACGUGAUUCAAGAGAUAUCUGAAUCUGAUUUCAUGAGUGUGGGUGUAGGUGUAGGGGUGAUGGAGGAGGUUGUUAGUAAAUUUGGGAAGAGUCUGAGAGUUAUUCAGAAAUAUAAGAUUGGACCGCUGUCACCUUCUAUUCUACCCAUAUGUAGAUGGAGGAAUGAAAUAAUCUGCCGUGACUAUGACAGAUUGGGAGAUGAUGUUCUUUAUUUGUUCAAUCUCAGUACUAAUGAAAGGAGGAAGCUCAACACAUCAACUAAUUGUGUCAUGUGUUAUAUCUUCAACUAUGAGCAGAGCCUUGUCCCUGUGUGGAACGCUCAGGUGGUAUUGCAUGAAAGAAUUCAACUGUUGUAUCAGUCUGAUGGCUAUGUUUUGCCAAAUAAUCAGCACAUUGCAGCACUUCUCGUGUGGAUUCUGAAUCCCUCAUUCCCUCCGGCAGGCAGAUGGCGACUGGGGCCCAACAAACCCUUUUUGCCAUUCGAGAUUAUCAUCAAAAUUCUCAAAAGGCUUCCUGUCAAAUCUAUCGUUCGAUUGCAAUGUGCGUGUAAGGAUUGGAAAAAUCUCUUCAAAACCCCAUCUUUCAUCGCUGAACACUUCCACCACUCUGAUCAUGAUAACCCUUUCCUUCUUCUCCUCGAAUACAACUGUGAACAUAUGCGUUCGUCCGCGCGCUUGCUUAAUCAUACGAUGGAAACCGUUGAUGUUUUGAGCAUACCCACUUUCGAUUCUUUCAGACGUAGUUGGACAAUCAUUGGUUCCUGCAAUGGCUUGAUUUGCGUGGAACUCUAUCCUGAUGAUGAAGGCAUGUUUCCUAGUUCGCUUUGGUUGUGGAACCCAAUGCUUAGAGAGGUUAGAGACGUACCCAACACACUGAAUGACUAUUGGUACGUCUGCACGUUAGGAUUUGGGUUCAGUUCCGUCGUUAAUGAUUACAAGAUAGUGAGACUUUAUAAUCAAGAGUUGCGUGAAAAGAAGGAAGAUCAAGUCCAUCAUUUCACCAGGCUUAAUCGAGUGGAAGUCUUUUCAUUAAGUACAGAUUCGUGGAAGGAACUAGAAUUGGGAGCUUUAAAUGAUACUUUAAAUGGUACAAGUGUUUUAUCUCCUGCUGUCAAUGUUAAUGGAACUUUGAUUUGGCAAGGAAGGAAUCUUCGUUUUACUACGGUAGUUUCUUUCGACAUAGCAACGAAAGUGUUUUCAUUUGCACCAAUCCCAACUGAAAACGGUCUUUAUCCACUUGACUUUGGUGUGUAUGAGAACAAACUUGAGGGUCACUUUGUGAUUCAAGAGGAAUCUGGAUCUCAUUUCAUUGGUGUAUGGGUGAUGGAGGAGGUUGCUUGUGAAUUUGGGAGGAGUUGGAGUGUUACUCAGAAAUAUAGGACCGGACCACUGUCAUUUUCUUUAAAUCCUGUAUGUAUUUGGAGGAAUGAAAUAGUCUGCUGUGACGAGAAAUUUGGGACUUUGUUGGACGGUGACCCAAGGCUCAUUCUUCAUCUGUUCAAUUUCAUUACUAAUGAAGGGAGGAAGUUCAACUGUUCAGCUACUUGUGACCAUUGUGAUGUUUUCAACUAUGAGAAGAGCCUUGUGUCUGUCUGGAACGCCCAGGUUGAAUAGCAUUGCUCUCAAAUAGAAUCAUUUCUUCAUUCCAGAUUUCUGUUGUCUCUGUAAAUUUGGUGGAAAUUAAUUCACAAAACCUUUUAACAUUUUGGUUCUAUCUAACUGUCUAUAAUCCUUGAUGUUCCUUGGAUAUGUGAUCUGGAAUGGAGAAACUCAGU